UCCCUUGUCAACAAAAACACACACAUUCCCUACAAAUUCCGAACCAAAUAAGAAAUGUCUUUAGCCACCUUUUGUGUUUAUUUCCUCUUGUUCAUACUAGCCUCAACUUCAUAUGCCUCUACCACAUAUAAUUAUAGUCCUACUCCUACACUUUAUCUUCCUCCGCCUCAACCUACAACUACAAGCGACAUUUACCUUUACUUAAAGGCCCAAAACGCUGCUCGAGCAGCUGUUGGGGUGCCCCCAUUAUCAUGGGACAGCCGGUUAGCAGCCUUCGCGCAAUGGUGGGCCAAUCAAAGGCGGUAUGAUUGUGCCCUAAAACACUCUAGCGGACCUUAUGGGGAGAACAUAUUUUGGGGGAGUGGUAGUAGUUGGUCACCAGCAUUUGCGGUCCAAUCUUGGGUUGUUGAAGGAAAGUACUAUAAUUACUACUCUAAUUCUUGUGCUUAUGGCAAGGAUUGUGGACACUAUACACAAAUUGUUUGGAGAAGUACUAGGAGAAUUGGUUGUGCUAAGGUUGUUUGUUAUAAUGGUCGUGGUGUUUUUAUAACUUGUAACUAUGAUCCACCUGGUAACUACAUUGGCUCAAGGCCAUACUAAGUAUGUAGGCUCUAAUUAUUGUCAAACCUAAUCUUAGUAAUCCCUUGGCCCGGUAGGUUUCUCAACCAAUUUUAUAAGACUGAGAACUACUAUGAAGAGCUCAGGGAUCAUAUAGGGUUUGUUUAAUUAAUAUAAACUUAUGUAAGAUAAUCGUAUGUUUAUAUUAAUGAAGAAAAGUUGUUGAUUAGAAAA